AUGGCUGCUCUCAAACUCGGCCUCAUGGCUCUGGCCCCAGCGCUAGCUGCCGCUGCUGAUAUUCCCCUGUGGGGACAAUGUGGUGGUAUCGGAUGGCAGUCUGCCGGCUCAGCUUGUACUUCGGUAGCUACUUGCACGUCAUAUAACGACUAUUACUACCAAUGCGUGCCGAAGCCUACCUCCGCUGUGGUCGUCACGACCAGCACCAAGCCGGUCACCGUCUCGGCCACGACCACCAGCAAGGCCAGCACUAGCACAACCUUGUCCACCUCCAUCAAGAUUUCCAGCACCAGCAUCAAGUCUACUAGCUCAAGCUCCGUGCCUGCCCCCUCCGCCACCACCGCCAAGUACUUCAUCUCCUUCGGCGACUCCUACUCCCAAACCGGCUUCGACAUCAACGGCUCCAAGCCGUCGUCAUCCAACCCUCUCGGCAACCCUGCCCUCCCCGGCUGGACUGCCUCAGGCGGGCUCAACUGGGUGGGUUUCCUGGCUUCUCAGCUCAACACCUCCCUUACUUUGUCCUACAACUUUGCUUCGGGCGGAGCCACAACCAACGCCUCGCUCGUCACGCCCUUUGCGCCCACCGUGCUUAGCUUCGUCGACCAGGUUGCCCAGUUUAGUUCCAGCAUCGCCAGCCGUCCGGCUUAUGCGCCUUGGAACAGCGAGAACAGUCUGUUUGCGGUCUGGAUCGGUGUCAAUGAUGUCGGCAACAGCUGGUGGUUGGGCGAGUCGGAGAUGAAUGCGUUGUACGGAAAGAUUAUGGAUAGUUACUUCGGACGGCUGCAGGUUCUGUAUGAAGCCGGAGCGAGGAACUUUGUGCUUUUGGGCGCUGCUCCCAUCUACUACACCCCCCUGAUGAUCGACGAGGGUGCCUCCACCGUCGCUACCCAAAAGGUCGCCAUCGCCAAGUACAACUCCCUGCUUGCCUCGCGCCUGGAGGCCUUCCUCGAAGUCAACUGCGAUGCCACCGGCAAGCUCGUCGACACCGUGGCGCCCUUUGAGAAGGCCGUCAAGAACCCGACGGCGUAUGGUGCGCCGGAUGCUACCUGCUACAACGAGGAUGGCGUGAGCUGCUUGUGGUUUAAUAACUACCACCCUGGUGUGCAGAUCCAGAAGUUGGUUGCGCAGGCGGUCAAGAGCGCUUUUGCUGGUUUCUUCUAG